AACGAACAGGGCGCAAGUUCCGGAAAUGUCGGGGGGAGAAGAUCCGGAAACGAGCCACGAAAAGUGCAGACUGCUCAGGCUCAUGCAGCACUCCAAAGAAAACAGUCUCUGCAUGAGUCUAGGAAUCAGGAUAUGUCUAGCUGUGGGUCUCGUGCAAAAGGGACUGGACUCUUGGAGCUUCUGCAUUGCUUUCUUUCUGCUUGCAAGCUGGCAAAUAACAUUGCCGCCUCCUUCCAAACUUGGUGGCCGCUUCCUGAUCCAGCCCACGAGAAUCACACGUAGACUCCUCAUCAGUGCCACAUUUGCUUCGUCCAGAGUUCUCCAGUGACACAUUCUGGAGCUCUGUAGUGAUAUCAGAAACGUUCAGUAGUCUUGUCUGAUUGGAAGAGACGAUUCUCAGUGUGUUCAAAUCAGCGUCAGUGCAUGGGAGCAGCUUGAAGUGGGAAGGGAGCCAAGAAUAUCAGCCCUCAAAAUAAGCCAGCUUGUUGAAUAGUUACGCAACAAUCUCAUCGCUCAGUCCUCUUCCAGCUGAUUCGGUGCCAAUCUGUCAAGGCUCUGAUCCCAGUGUGCUCGGAUGACUCUGUGCUGAUCGGAGCUCGUCCAGGGGAGUCGACAGGCUGCAGUUAUUGCGCCAAAGAGAAGAAACAUCGGGCCACGUUCUUGCAUACAGCCGUCUGGGCCCCUUCACCCUCCUGGUUUCUUAACAUUCAUCUUAAACUGGCACGUCGGGUUCAGCAUAGAUGAAGAACGACCCUUUUGCAGAUACUAGUACUAACACACUGAAGUCAAUGGCGCUCGUGCACAGCUAUGCUUCCAGACAUAGGGGGCCCGUAGCCUGUGUGGUGCUGUUGGCUUCUCUGCUGUCGGCUCUAGUUGUUUCUAUGUCCGGGGGAACGGCAAUCCCGCCGCUGAUGAAAGCGAUCGGAGGACUAGGCCUUGAAACGCCCACCCUCGUCGCGCCUCCCAGCCCCCUGAUCCUAGACUUUCUAGCACAGCUCAAGGCAAAAACACAUUCCCUCGGUCCAUACGCUCAUUCCGGGGGGGCGUGCAAGGCCCGCGGCGAGAGAGCAAAGUACCCCCCCAGAGAAGCGGACGAUGCAAACGAGGUCGCCGGGCAGGUCUUUGACGCGUAUGCGGCGUAUCACCGCGGUUGUGUUUCCAACAUGAAAAACAUCACGGAAGCGUGGCGGGGGGAGGGGGCCCCUGACGGAUGCAGAUUUAUGGUCUGGUCCGGACAUGCGGGCCUGGGGAACAAGAUGCUGAACCUGGCGUCGACGUUUGUGUACGCAGUGCUGACUCAGCGAGUGCUCUUGGUCGACGCUGGUGUCAAGGCAGCCCUUGGGCAAUUGUUUUGUGAGCCGUUCCCCGGGUCAAGCUGGCUACUUCCGGCAGAGUUCCCAGUUCUCAAGAUGUUCGACAACCUGCCCUGGCCUAUGAAGGACGUCCUUGGCUUGACCGCGUGCGAAGAGGAGAUGAACGAACUGGAGACGCGGACGUGGUUCAUCUUCCCGCACGACACGUGGAACAACUACUGGCUUCCGGGCCUUUACGUGCAUCCCACAAAGCGGCUACUGCUUAGAGAGAUCUUCCCCGAUAAUCAGGCAUUCCACCGCGUGGCGCGCUACCUGUUCCUGCCGCAAGACCGCAUCUGGACACGUGUCACUUCGUUCUACGACAAAUACAUGGCCGGCGCCACAAAGUCUGUCGGGCUCCAAAUUCGACAAAAGGGCAACGCGUUAGAGGACUAUAACCAGCGGACCAGUGACAACGCGCUGACGUGUAUGGCCGAGCAUGACCUCAUCCCGCGGCUGCUUGACACGUUGCCGACGCAAGAGGGGGCGCAGGUUGCUAAGGAGUCAGACAAGGAUGCGUUCGACGUCAUCUUUGUCGCGAGCAUGAUUCCAAAGUACGAGGAGUAUCUGAAGGAGGUCUUCAGCAAGAAUAAGACGGUGGAGGGACGGAGAGUGGAGGUGCUGAGCGCGACGCACGAACAGGAGGAGCGGUGGAGCGACCUCUCUCAUUACGACUCGGCCGUGCUCGACGUUUGGCUGCUCAGCUUUACGGACCACCAGAUCCUGACGCAAACGUCGACGUUCGGUUACGUUUCGUCAAGCAUCGCCGGGAAGAACCCGUAUUACCCCAACUACUACUCGUGCGAGCGCGCCAAAAACAGCGACCCGUGCUGGCACUCCGCCCCGCAGUAUUUGGUGUGUCCAAAGAUGCCCCACGUGGGGGGGCCGAUUCACAUGGCGAGUCCGGAGCUGGAGCGCUGCUCGGAUUUCGUGGGGGGGGUCACGCUUGUGGACACCAGGCCGAGAUUUCCGGAAGCGUCGUGAGAAGCCUCUGAUUAAAAGUAACACGCAUACUUCAGCAGUCCUUCGGUCGUUGUAAAGAGGGCGCCUAACUCUUGUAAUUUAAAGUAUUGACUGUCGUCCUUGCGGACGCUAAGAGUACUGCGGCGCCGCCCUUUCGGAUUCACCAACAGAAUAACUAGCUAAGUUCUAUGUUCGGCAGCGGAUGUUGGUAGAAAAUAUGUCCAUUUCUGCUU